GUGACAUGGGAUCUUCGAAAAAUGUUUGAAAUAACAAAUUGGGAUAAGAUUGAAAGUCGCGUGUCAUAAUAAUAUGUGUAACUAUUAUUAACUGUGCUUGAUUUAUUUCGACGACUGUACGGAAUGUAUAACGAGAUCGUUGCGAGGGCCUGACAGUGUUGUCCCGAGUGCUUGACUUGCACGAGACACGUUCUUCGAUGUGUGAAGAAUGUUGACACACGGUUUAGUUUGGUAGGCUGAGUGGAUGAAAUAGGUACUUUUUUAAAGUGAAUUUCUAAGUGAUUCGCGGAAUAAUUUAAGGGGAACUUGUAAAGACAAAAUACCUUGUCUAGUCGCACUCCGUAUACCUAAUUAAAUAGGAAAUGAGUAAAACAAAGUAAGGUCACACCUGAAAAAAAAAAAGGAAUGCAAUAAAACAACGAACGUGUGGGCAGGAAGCCUUCGUCAGCGAACAAACAACAGAAAAAAAAUAGAAUACAAUUUUUAAAAUAGCACUUAGCUGAGAAGUAGUAUCCGAGAGGGCAGCAAAAGAAUUGUGAAAGAAAAUAAGUGGGUGAGAGAUUAAAUAGGGGAAAAUGAUAUAAAGUUCAGUCGCAGCGGACCAACUUUCCCCUCUUCCCUUUCUCUUUUCCUUAUUAUAAAGAGAAAGUGUAAUUAUUUGAAGAAAGUUGUGGUAGCUUGAAACUCCAAAUGAACCUUUCAAUCUAUAUCUAUUGAAUUUAUUCCUUUGAUAUCCGUCAGAUAAAUGACACAUUAAUAAAUAUAUUAUGACGUCUUUAGUAAAUAUAUUCUUUAUAUACAUAUUUUUUUUAAUGACCAGUUUUAAAUAGCCAUAAAAGAUAUAUACAACUUUUCUACAAAAUCUUUCACCAAAAUUUAUAUCUGGCUAAAGUUAUAAAUACUUAGAAAAUGUUUUUUUUUUUUAAAUUAUUAUACCGUCAAACCCACUUAUCUCGACCUCGGUUAACUCGCCAACCCUGUCCUGUUGACGUUUUUGAAGUCGAACUUCAAAAUUCUCUCUUUUUUUUAAAGCAUUUUUCUCAUUGGUUCAGUCGAUUCUUUUAUGUCGCCAAACCCUGAUAUCUCGAACGCAAGAGGCGACCAAAAUUGCCGCUUAACGCCGGUUAUCUCUAUCCCAAUGACCAAUCGUCGGCUUUUGAAAACAUAUUUGGGCCUAUUCAACAAAAAACGAGCCAACUUCAAAUUAUAGUAUAAUUAAAAUGAAAGUGACAAUACCGUUGUCCGUGCCAUUAACUUGACACAGCAGGACGCGAGGAGCGAGAGGCUUGCAAACAAAGGAGAGAGGUCGCAGGAACUGUUCUAUCUAUAGCGAACCCGCUUGUAGAUGAAUAGGCUUUCACGCGUUCUUAACUUUCACGUUGAUUUUUUUUUUGUUUUGUUUUAAAGCCCAGAAUCCGUCCGUAUUUGAAGAAAUUGAACUGGAGAAUCCCGGAGCGAGAGAAAAUUAAAACUCGCGAAUCCGGAGCUGAAAAAUAUUUAGCUUCAAGAAUUCGGAAUUCCAGGAUAAUCCGGAAAAGUGGCACCCCGCAUAUGCCUUGUGUUGUUAGCAAACAUGUAUGUACAUUUAUAAAACAUGCCGAUCUGUUCAUCAAACAAAUCGUGGUAACGCUGUUGUGUCAACAACAAAAAAAAAAGUGCAUGUACAUUCCCAUUUAUAAACGUACAUCAUGUACAUAAAGAAAUUUCAAGCACAUUUGAAUUAAUUUCGCUUUUGUUCGUGCGUUUAACGCAAAAUCUUCGGACGGCUACUUGACGACCAAUUUCCCGUCAGCCUAUCGAGCUGACACUCGGCACAUAGACUCGAUACCGAUGACAACUCAUUGCAUAAAACAUUAAGCCCCCAUCUCCCUACCCCAACCCCAAAAAUCAGUUUAACGCUAGCAGACGCCACUGAUCUCACGAAAUAAAACUCCCGACAGCUGCGCUAAAUGAGAUUCUUAAGACUAUCACAAGUGCGUUUUGGUGCGUAGUCUAUAUACUUCUUUUGUUCUACAGAAAUAGUAGGUGUAAUAAAUCUUGGUGUAAAAUCGGGUAGGACAUAAGAAUAUUAAUACAGUUCAGGGGCUUGAAAAAAUAUGCGGUUGCGAGCCGGGAUGGGGGGGGGCACUAAAUAUUCUUAUAAAGAGCGUAACUUGUAUUCAUGUUUUGUCAAAUGAAUUGUUUAAAUAAAAAUAAUAAAUACAUAAAAACCAUCAUAGCUAUUAUAAUAAUAAUAAUUAUUAUUAUAAGUGGUUUUAUAUAGCGUGGUACCACUGCCUAGGCCAGGGCUCACCACGUUGUACAUACAAUUCAAAACAUAUAAGCAAAAACUUUAAAAAAAUAAUUAACAUACAUUUAAUUAAAUAAAACAAAACAAAGUAGAUUUAAAACUAGUUCCAUGUCAAGCCAUGGACGACACUCAGUCAAGCCAUGGGUGACACUCAGUCAAGCCAUGGACGACACUCAGUCAAGCCAUGGACGACACUCAGUCAAGCCAUGGGCGACACUCAGUCAAGCCAUGGGCGACACUCAGUCAAGCCAUGGGCGACACUCAGUCAAGCCAUGGGCGACACUCAGUCAAGCCAUGGGCGACACUCAGUCAAGCCAUGGGCGACACCCAGCAGCAUCUUUUUUUCGGUCAGAGGCGGGAAUCAGUUAGGACAGUAGAGUUUAAAAAGAUCUGUUUAGUCCUAACUGAAAAUAAAGUAUUUGUUUAACACAAACAGAUGAAAGGAAGCCUAAAUUUCCCCUAGCAUCUCUUCGGAGCCUCCCCGAUCAAGUGUAGAAUGAUGGGUUCAAAAUUCAGAUUUGCGCUAAAAUACACCACUUCAUUUGCCCCCCCCCCCCACUUUUGUUUUUCUUCUUAUAAGCGUUCUCUUAUAAGCUUCCUCUUCAGAGCCAUCGGCUCCCUCGAUCUUUCCCGUCCCCGAUCAUAAUGACAAUAUCAACACCUUCUAACUGAACAAAAAUAAUAAUAAUUAAAUUAUGGAAAUACUGUUUGUUUAUCUUGAACUGAAAAAGAUGAAUAUUUUUUCUUUUCUUUUUGCGUAUAUAUAUAUAUAUAUAUAUAUAUAGUUGGGCUAAUUAUUAUUAUAGACAACAGUGUUUUGAUUUUUGGAGGUUGGGGAGCUAAGCUGGGUCCUAAAGUCCUCCCGUAUGGCCACCACAACUUGAAUGAAUUUAAUUUCAGCCAGCCCUGGUCACCCUUACUCCUAAUUUUGGCGCCGGAAGAUACACUGCCGCUCAACACGUCUGACAAGAAAUGCUGACACCCCCCCCCCCCCCCCCCCCCCACCCAUGAGCGUAAACAUUCUAAGUGAAGUUUGUUCCAUGGGGCCAUAAGAUAAGCAUGGUGAUGUCGGUUAAGCCUAGUUCACUAAAAGAAUUUAAAAAAAAAAACUGUUAGACUCAUUUCAUGGUCGUGAAAGUCAAUCGCCUUAGGUCAGUUUUUUUGUUUACGGGCAAUUAACUAUUGCAUAGAGUAUCUUUUUUUUUUGGAUUUGGACCAUAUGUAGUGGGACGAUGUGGCGCCAGAUGGUGGGGGAGGUGAGGACAGGGGCGUUAUUCCAGGUUUUUUCAGGUGGGGAGGGGGGGCAAAAAUAAAACUUAGUUGGCCUGUUUAGUUAUUUAUUACUAGAGGCCCCCCACAGUACAUAGCUAUUGAAAUAAAACCUGCAUUUUCGGAGGGGUGGGGAUAUGCCCCACCCUGCCCUACCCAAAUGACGUCCCAGGGGAGGAUGCUAUAAAAAUUUUUAAUAAAAAUCAAUCGUGCCAAAUAAAUUUAUGUUAUAAUAAUUUUAACAAGAUAUUUGUCAUUUAAGUGUGAAGUAAAUUUAUUAUUUCUCUUAUCAUCUUAUUUUCCAGCCAAGAAAGGUGACAUGACAUGACGUCACCAUGGCAUGUGUCACUGAUUCUGCUCCUAGUUUUCUCCAGCUCAGUCAAUGUUAGGUCACAGGGUAAGUGUUAUUGUUAUGUCGGUGUUAGGUCACAGGGUAAGUGUCUUUGUUACAGCAAUGUUAGGUCACAGGGUAUUAUUAGAUCCAUAGCUCUUGUACUGGCUUGUUAUACAUCAUAGGUACAGGACUACGUGUCAAUGAUAUGUCUAGGAUUAAGUAAGUGUCAAUAUUAGGCCCAGGACUAAGUGUUAAAGAUGGGUUCAGGACAAAGUGUAAAUAUCACCCCCCUGGGACAAAGCGUCAUUGCUGUUUAUAUAUUUUAAGUGGUCUAUUUCAUUGUUUUUUUUAGCCUAACGUUAUUAAAAUUGCAAAAUAUAGUUAGUUUAAUAAUUCUUUUACUAGUACGUCAAAGUUUUAGUAAAAUGUUUUCAAUUUGGAUGUUUAUAAAAAAUCAUGUUUGUUCUUUCUAAACUCAAUUUCAGUAAGUUGAGUAGGACUAACUAAAACAGAAAUAAUAAUUUAUGUUUUAAAUUGUUUAAAAAAAAAAUUAAAACUGCAUUCUUUUAAACCAAAAUUUAAUGUAUUUCCUUUCAAUAUACGACACUGUCGUCUUAUACAUAUUUACUCAGCCAAAGCAGGACAACCAUAAACGAUAUGAAAGCGGAUAUGAUAUGAACCAACCCAUUUGCUCUCCUUCUGUCAGAAAAUAAAUAUUUUUUCCUACGUAGUCCUACCUUCCUAUAUGAAAUAUAUGCGUUGUUUGAUUAAUCAAAAACAUUAAACAAUAAUUUAAAAAAUGAUUCUCCAGUUGCAAGAUAUGCGUAGUACACGUUUAACUUUGUUGAAAGACUAAAAUCAUCUGUCUUUAUUUUACGUUCAAAGAAUCAAAUGUCAUCAAAGUGGUGAACGUUAUUCCACUUUGUUUGCCAAGCUAUAAAAGGAUUUAAUUAGAAAUAAUUUAGUGGAUCUGAAACAUAAUAUCCUUCGGGAUAGUGGAUUAUCUUUACACCACCACCCCACUCCGACACUUUUAUAUUUAUAUCUCUGACACUGUUUCCCACUUGUUCGCGUCCUCUACUUCACCCUCCACCAACCUCAAAUUCUUUAUCUUUAAAACUUUUGCUUUAGAUUCCGAGUCACUCUUUUUUAAGUCAAGGGUUCUUCAUAUUUUUUUUGUCCAUGGACCCGGUUACCAGUCUGAUCAUGGCCAUAGAACCUUCAAUGGAUGAUUUUUUUUAAGGCACUAAAAGCACGUCACGUACCCCGUGACACCUUUUCACGCAACCCUGGGGUCAUUGGGGAACCUGGUGAGAGCCCUUGCAAUAAACUCAAGCCUGGAAUCUCAUAACAAAUAAAUGUAAAAUUACUUUGUUGUUAAAUUUCUUAUAUCCGUGCCAUUAUACAUGAACCGUGUAAGCAAGUCGUUAAAAAAAAAGGAUUAAAAAUGAACUGAAAAAACAAGUCAUUCAAAAGAGCAUUAAAAAUGAAUUGAAUAUACCAGCCAUUAAAAACACAUUAGAAAUGAUCUGAAUAAACAAGUCAAUCAAAAAACUUUAAAAAUGAAAUGAAUAUACAAGCCAUUAAAACAUAUUAGAAAUGAACUGAAUAAAUAAGUCAUUCAAACAAAAAAAACACAUUAGAAAUGAACUGAAUAAACAAGUCAUUCAAACAAAAAAAAACACAUUAGAAAUGAACUGAAUAAACAAGUCAUUCAAAAACACAUUAGAAAUGACUUGAAUAAACAAGUCAUUAAAAACACAUUAGAAAUGAACUGAAUAAACACGUCAUUCAAAAAAAAAAACACAUUAGAAAUGACCUGAAUAAACAAGUCAAUCAAAAAAACUUUAAAAAUGAAUUAAAUAUACAAGCCAAUUAAAAACACAUUAGAAAUGACCUGAAUAAACAAGUCAAUCAAAAAAACUUUAAAAAUGAAUUGAAUACACAAGCCAAUUAAAAACAUAUGAGAAAUGAACUGAAUAAACAUGUCAUUCAAAAAAGCAUAAAAAAUGAAUAAACAAAGUCGUUAAAAUGAAUUGAAUAGACAAUGUCAUAAUUAAAAACAACAUCCUCUAACACAUCUCCUUUCAGCCACUAUCGAGCACGAUGUCAUCUUCUUCAUAGAUGGGAGUUUGUCUGUGACGAAUACCAACUUUCGGAAGCAGAUUAAUGCCGUGUUUGCCAAAUACAUUGACCAAUGGCCAGUGUCAGAAGAUGGGGUAUGUAACAGCUCUGGUCUGUACAGCCGCUGUUAGUAGACAAUGUGCGUCUCUUUCAAAUUCAUUUUUUUGUUGCACCAGGACACGAAACUCUUUCUGUGCCAUCAGAAUAUUUAUUAUUAUUUAGAUCCCUUUUAGUUGUACCAAAAAUACGAGACCGAUAUUGUACCGCCAGUAGUGUCAGCCUCCCUCACCCUGAUAUCAUCAGAUCACGGCCUUGUCUUGUUUUGUUUAAGGUCCAUGUCGGGUUCAUCGCCUACUCUUCCCAACUGGACGUCGUCCACCUCAACGGCAACACAACGGAACUCGCACAGAAGACACAGAACUUGAUCUACGAGGGCAGGGCAAGUAACGCCCACCUGGCUUUCGAGCAGGCCUUGAUCAUGUUUACGGUGAGUGGCUCCCGCCCAUUCCCGACAUGCCCUUUGACCCCAUCAUGAAUUACGUCACGUAAAGAAAAUAAAAACAUGUCAUCGUUUGUCAUUUUUUUCUUUCUUUUUUUUUCUUUUUUUUUUUUUUUUUUUCCUUAAAAUUUAGAAAUUGAAGAAAACGCCUAUCUACAAGUGUUGACUUCUCACAAAUUAUGUUUCCAAAGCGAAUUCAAAAGUGNAUGUCAAACAUCUUUAUGGACACAAUGAUGACCAAUCUCCUAAUGUCAAACAUCUUUAUGGACACAAUGAUGACCAAUCUCCUAAUGUCAAACAUCUUGGGUGGAUUUAUGAACAGUACUUCCUAGGACAUCUUUGCAUGUUCAACUACAACAAAACCAACAAAAAAAAACAACAACAACACUUUAUUCCAAUUAGAGGUUAGCUUAAUAUAUCACACAUAACAAACGUAAACAACAUUUAUGUUUGACAUAGAACAAACAAUAUAAGAAAAUACUCGGUUGACGCCAAAAUGGAGUGCGGUAUCACCCAAUGGCUAUUUGCCCCACUAGCCCAUUUGCUGUACACCAAUCUUACCCCUUCACUAUACUGAUUCAUUUAAUGCCAUUUUCUUGUGCACUCACGAAAAGAUUAAACCGAGUAACCGAUGGGACAGUAAACUUAAUGAUGUAAUGCGAAUGCAAAUACCAAAUAUGGGACAGGCGAAACUACAUCAAUGGACGCUCCUGCAAACUCAUGCACAAACAUUCAGACACAUACAUAUCCUUUCACAUAAAUGCACAUGCAGCCGUACACGUGCGUACACAGGGCCGUGCCGAGGAAAUGCAGCCCCCGGAGUGAAGCCUGAAAAACCCACUCUCAAUAUAUCGAGAGAAAAAAAAGAUCCGCUCAGGCGGACCAGUGAAUUUCGUAUAUUUGCGCUGCUUGGCUUUGAGAAGUAGAUAUGAUUUUAUAGCUUAAUUCACUGUAAAAGUCCUGUCUUAAGACGCUUUGGUGGUCCCCUGAUGUGGCCGUCCUGGGCGAGUGCCCCAUCAAACCCCCACCACCUCCCACAACACACACACACGACCGUGUGCGUGUGCAUGUAAACUUUCCCACAUGUGCACCCAAAUGCCCAAGUGAACAUUCCCACAUGUGCACCCAAAUGCCCAAGUGAACAUUCCCACAUGUGCACCCAAAUGCCCAAGUGAACAUUCCCACAUGUGCACCCAAAUGCCCAAACCACCAGAAACAUGCAGACAGUGUUGUGCCCGCACAUUAAUGCAAAAACUUUUUAUGUCCAUUGCCAGUCAGCCCACAGCAUCAGAAGUGGCAGUGUGCAGUCAAUCAUCAUGCUGACAGAUGGGACCGUCAGACUGCCCCUGGACACCAGAACGGUAAGAUCCCCAUUCAAAUGACCUUCGGAUUAAACCAACAUCGAUUUAUUCUUAUUCAUGAGGGGAAAAAUUGCCUUAGGUCACUUUCAAUGUGUCUCUCUAUAAUACCGGGUAGGUAGGUCACUUUCAAUGUGUCUCUCUAUAAUAGCGGGUAGGUCACUUUCAUUAGGUCACUUUCAAUGUGCCUCUCUAUAAUAGCGGGUAGGUCACUUUCAUUAGGUCACUUUCAAUGUGUCUCUCUAUAAUACCGGGUAGGUAUGUCACUUUCAAUGUGUCUCUCUAUAAUACCGGGUAGGUCACUUUCAGUGUGUCUCUCUAAAAUACCGGGCAGGUCACUUUCAAUGUGUCUCUCUAUAAUACCGGGUAGGUCAAUUUCAAUGUGUCUCUCUAUAAUACCGGGUAGGUCACUUUCAAUGUGUCUCUCUAUAAUACCGGGUAGGUCACUUUCAAUGUGUCUCUCUAUAAUACCGGGUAGGUCACUUUCAAUGUGUCUCUCUAUAAUACCGGGUAGGUCACUUUAAAUGUGUGUUUCUAAAAUAUGAUUUAGGUCACUUUAAUUGUGUCUAACACCAGUUAGAUCACUUUAAAUGUGUGUCUCUAAAAUACCAGUUGGGUUACUUUAAUUGUGUGUCUCUAAAACAUGAUUUAGGUCACUUUAAUUGUGUCUCUCUUAAACUCGGGGUAGGUAGAAUAAUUUAACUAGAAACGUUCUGAUCAACAAUACCAUUUCUAAUAUGUCGCCAGCACUCGUCCUUAGAAUAUAUUUGUUUGACAAAUGUGUGGUAGGGCCUACACAUACACAGCCUUGAUAGUGAGUCUAUGGGACUAUUUCAGACCGAGGUCAUUCGUUUGACUAAGAACCCAUUGGCUCACCCUCAGCUUAAAAAACUUCGCUCUGAAAUCGUCUUGUUGGACUUAAAAAAUUUGCCCCAUUUUUAAAAUACAUCCUUAAAAUUUGAGCCAAAGGCUUUGAAAGGUGCAGCAUGAAAGAAAAAAAAAAAUUAAAUAAAACUAUAAAUUUGUGAAAAUUAAUGCGCCUGUAAAAGUUGUGCCAAAGCAAAUUGGCCCCGCCUCCCACAAAUUGUAUCAGCUGUAAGCGACCCUUCCCAUCAUGUUAACGCCCUAGAAGGGACAUUGUUUUUACUGAUCCUGUUUUGUUUUGUUUUUUUAAUUUAAAAAAAAAAAAAAAAAAAAAUUCCCUCAAAAGAUGAAGGACAUUUUCUUGCAGGCAGCAGAGGCGUGUCGCGACUACGGCGUCAACAUCUACGUCAUCGGCAUCGGUAGCAACGUCAGAUUGCUCGAGUCUCUGUGGUACACGGGCAACAUCUCCAGGGUCUACAACAACGAUACCUUUGACGACGUGCUGCCUGCCAUUGACAUCGGCCUCCCAGGUAUGUAGUAAGGAUGUUAGACGGUCACCGGAUGUUUCUUUCCCGAAACAGAUGACCACAGCUUUGAAGGAAAAAAAAUAAAUCUUUGUUCACCUUGCUUUUGCCGGCGGAUAUUCUAUAAUAGAUAUCAAUUAAUAAAUUUGAGUAAGUGGAGAUCAAAGGAUCACCCAGAUGUAUUUAAAUGAGAGUUGCUUUCAUUUUUGCUUUAAAAAAAAAAGGCUCCAACUACAGAUUUUAAUUUGAACAAAUAUGUCGAUCUGACCAAUAUGUCAAGCUCAGCUUUAUGUCAAUCUGACCUUAUGUGUGAAAAAGUUGGAAAGUCCUUUAAAAUGGCGAUAAUUAGUUGAAAACUGUGCUCCUAAAAUUAAUUACCAGCUAAAAAAUAAAGUAAAAAAAAAUAAUUUUUAAAAUCCUUAGUAUGUAGUUGUUUGCAUGGUUCAUUAAAUCUACCUUGGGCCGUUUAAAAGAGGUCUAGUGUUGGGAGGGGCAUGUUAUUUCCACACACCAAAAUUCCUUAGUUAAAAUAAAUGAUUACAGGGGCAGUUAUUGUCCUAAUUAUGUUAAAUAUUUUAGAAGACUCACCUUCGUCUGAAUAAAGAAAAUAAGAGGAGCUGUUUGGAAUAAUUAAAAACACGGCUUUAAAAACAACAACAAAACAAAAAAAACAAAAACAAAAAACCCCCCAAAAAAACAAGGGGUAAUAAUAAUGGUUUAAGAUCUAGUGCUGGAGUUAAAGGGCUGAAAAGAAAAAGUUCCAGGUCCAUUACUCUCUAAACUUGAAUGGCUCGGUCUGACUUGUUCUUCAAUCAAUGCUUAUUAAGUCACAUGACGUAUCAAUAGCUCUGUAACCUGAUCUGAAAGCAAUGUGUUUAAAGUAAUUUUUCGUAUCAGCUGAUGAACUUCUCCGGGAUAACUUGUGAGCGGGCCACAUUCGCUCUGUUGCGCCGCUUCAAAAUAACAAAAAAAUUAUGCCUUCAACCGUUGAUUGAUUCCAUCGGAUAAAAGCAUUCCACUAUUUAGCGUCAUCAUUUUGGUUAACAAUUUACACAUGAUGAUUUAACACUACAUGCUUCGUGAUUCUUUCUAUUAUUCUUUUUUGUGUUAUUAUUCUUUUUACUAGUGAAAUAAUUUAAUAAAGAUGUCUUGUGUUCAAAUUUUUAUAUUUAUGUGUUGAAAAUGUACAAUGCAAUGAAAAAUAUUUCCAUUUGUUUGGAUCAAUAAAAGAAUCUUAUCUUAUUAUAUACAAUAAUUUUUGCAGCUGCUGUUCCGACUAGUGUGACGUCAACGAUCGUGGUCAGCACAGGAAUUCAGUCGAGCCAAUCAACGAGCACGGUGUCUCCAAACCCUCGCAUUGAUUCGAGUGGGUCGACGCAAACUGCACAAACAUCAACCUCAACACCACCGAUACCGUCAUCUUCUUCGAUAAACGUAGGCCCAACAUCAACCUCAACACAACCGAUCCCGUCAUCUUCUUCGAUAAACGUAGGCUCAACAACAACCUCAACACAACCGAUCCCGUCAUCUUCUUCGAUAAACGUAGGCUCAACAACAACCUCAACACAACCGAUCCCGUCAUCUUCUUCGAUAAACGUAGGCUCAACAACAACCUCAACACAACCGAUCCCGUCAUCUUCUUUGAUAAACGUAGGCUCAACAACAACCUCAACACAACCGAUCCCGUCAUCUUCUUCGAUAAACGUAGGCUCAACAACAACCUCAACACAACCGAUCCCGUCAUCUUCUUUGAUAAACGUAGGCUCAACAACAACCUCAACACAACCGAUCCCGUCAUCUUCUUCGAUAAACGUAGGCUCAACAACAACCUUAACACAACCGAUCCCGUCAUCUUCUUCGAUAAACGAAGGCCCAACAACAACCUCAUCACAACCGAUCCCGUCAUCUUCUUCGAUAAACGUAGGCCCAACAACAACCUCAACACAACCGAUCCCGUCAUCUUCUUCGAUAAACGUAGGCUCAACAACAACCUCAACACAACCGAUCCCGUCAUCUUCUUCGAUAAACGUAGGUCCAAUAUCAACCUCAACACAACCAAUCCCGUCAUCUUCUUCCAUUAACUUAAGCCCAACAACAGCUUCAACACCAUUCAUUCAAUCAACAUCUUCCAUCAACAGCCCAACAGCUGCUCCAACACAGCCUUUCCAAUCAUCGCCUUCAAUAAAGUACAGCACCACACCAACCCCCACUCAAGUCAUGCAAUCCUCGUCUUCGAUGUGGUCCAGCACGACAUUAGCCACACUUCAGUCUACCUCCACAACAUCGACCACGCCACCCAAACAAUCCCCAUACACAACCUUGCCCCUAACCACGACCACAUACAACCAGCCCAGCUCACCCAUCCCCAGCCGAUCUGACUUGGCUUUCAGCACCUCGCGUCUCGCGUCCACCGGUUAUCCCCACACGACGACACCAGUGAACCCCAGCUCCAUCGUGCCAACAUCUACCUAUUCUGUCACACCGACGGCUUCAACGCCGCCCGACGAUGACGACGAACCUGGUGACGAUGAUACUUUCAACGUCACAGAUGAAGGUAUGUUCACGCGAGCUGCAACAUUUCCUGGUAUAAGGGGGUAGGGGUGGGCUGUAACAUUCCAGUUAAAGUUUUUCAUCUGCAGUUUGUGGAAAAUCUGUAUGUUGUGUCCCUGUUCUGUGUGUUGUGUCCCUGGUCUGUACGUUGUGUCCCUGGUCUGUACGCUGUGUCCCUGGUCCUGAACCCUCGUGUCGUGCAGGUUUUUUUAUAGUGAUCGCCGGGUAAAACUCUAACCUUAAACUGACAAUAUUUAUUUUAAAGCAGAGUUCCCCCCACCUUUAAAAAAUAAAAUAAAAUCAGCGCCUACAGGUGAGGGAAGUGUUAAUAAGGGACCGUCUGCUUCCAUGCAUCUGUGUGCGCGUGGCUUAUUUUUCAACAUUUCUGCUGCUGAAAACCUAAAACAUCAAACAUAUAUGAAAUGUUGAGAAUGGCUUGAGUUUGGCAUGAGGUUGGCAUGAGGUUGGCAUGAGGUUGGCAUAAGGUUGACAUGAGGUUGACAUGACGUUGGCAUAAGCGAAAUCUUGAGGUUUUAAAAGUUUUUAAAGAGGUUACUGUUUAAACCACCGCAUCAAAUGUGUCUUAAGGUGAAGUUAGUUUAUGUAUUGGGGUCACGGGUCACUUGGCUUUUAUAAAAUGGAGUUGUGCCUCGAAACAUUAAUGGAAACUGAGGUCAUCCAGGUCGUUUCCGUUGACUGACUAAAUAGGCUAGUACGCUUUUGUCUAAGAGAUGGACAUACAAUGAUUUAGAGAAAGAGAGAGAGAGAGAGAGUGUGAGUGUGUUUUGUAUGUGUGAGAUAAAGAGAGAGAGAGACAGAGAGAGAGAGAGAGAGAGAGAGAGAGAGAGAGAGAAAGAGAGAGAGAGGAUAAAGAGAUAUGAAGAUAGACAGACAUACAGACAUACAGAUAGAGAGAUAAACAGAAGAAUGAAAUCCUUUUCAUUUACCGAAUAGAGGAGUAAACACGAUCGAAAAUGGAAGCUCCGUGUGUUAUUCAUACUAUUUGACAAAAUCUUCCCGGAUGAACUAUUUGAGCGAAAUUUCAAAGUUUUUGUUUUUUUGUUUGUUUUUAAAUCCACAAACUUUACCAAAAUAAGAUGGGUCGGUGAUCACAUGAUAAGAUGGGUUGGUGAGCUCAUGAUAAGAUGGGUUGGUGAGCUCAUGAUAAGACGGGUUGGUGAGCCCAUAAUAGUGUCUUUGUAUAUAAUCUAUAUUAAUGAAUCCCAUUUUUUAAUAUUUUUUUUUUGCCAGCUGGUAUCUGCGCUCGGGCAGUCAAGAUGAACAGCUUUCUGUUCGCUCCUCACCCCGACGACUGCGACAAGUACAUUCAGUGUCACGUGUCUCAGGACAGAAGGAUAACUGCCUCCGUCAGAGCUUGUCCAAGGGGAUUGUUCUGGAACCAGGCCAAGUUCGCUUGUGAUAAGCCCGGGGAGGAAUGCAACAGAGAAUGUCGAGGUCAGAGUGAAGGCAUGCCCGGCCUACUGCCUUAUAUUAACUUCCAAAGGAAGAUGUGCUUUCUCUAUGUACGAUGAGACCUGAUAUGCGUAGAUGUGUUUAGUUGGGAUCGUCCUUCCAGGGUUGGCUUUUAAGCUAGAAUUAAACCAUCCCUAAAAACAAAACUUUUUGGUAUAAGUCCUUUCUAAAAUGUUAUAUCGAGCAAUGGGGGAUAGGGGGGGGGGGAAGGAACAUUUUAGGGAAAAAAUGGAUACGAGUAACGCACUUUCUAAGAAUUCCAAUUAGUUCUCUCUCUAUGAAUGACAUGACAUAAGCAAAGAAAAUUUAUGGAUCCAACUUCCGUUGGAAACAGAGUUGUUUAACGACAGUGCAGACAUGUUUAAAAGCAAUAUUUUUUGUUUCCUUCAAAUUUUAAUCUCAGUCAGUGCUCUUAAAAAAAAAGACUUAUUUUAUUUAGAAACCAGGAAAUUCCUCUAGUAGGUAAUCUCUUAUCGUGUGAAGGGGCAUAUUAAUACAGUUCAAACAGAUCUUAGAGUCACUAAUCUCUUAUCGUGUGAAGGGGCAUAUUAAUACAGUUCAAACAGAUCUUAGAGUCACUAAUCUCUUAUCGUGUGAAGGGGCAUAUUAAUACAGUUCAAACAGAUCUUAGAGUCACUAAUCUCUUAUCUUGUGAAGGGGCAUAUUAAUACAGUUCAAACAGAUCUUAGAGUCACUAAUCUCUUAUCGUGUGAAGGGGCAUAUUAAUACAGUUCAAACAGAUCUUAGAGUCACUAAUCUCUUAUCGUGCGAAGGGGCAGCAUAUUAAUACAGUUCAAACAGAUCUUAGAGUCACUAAUCUCUUAUCGUGCGAAGGGGCAUAUUAAUACAGUUCAAACAGAUCUUAGAGUCACUAAGAUCUUAGCGUGUUCCCUAAAGAUCAUGUUAUAUUCAUUCAGAGAACGUUUUUAUCACUAUAUCAUUUUGAUCAUGUUCUCAUCACCAGAUCCGUGUCGAGGAAAAGACGACGGCGACACUUACAAGAUGGAGGGAGGCUGCGGUCUGUUUUGGGAGUGUGUCGACGGAGUGGCCCAGGGGAGGUCAUGUAAACCCAGAUACGCCUUCAUCCCAGGCCACGGGUGCGUCUACAGGCCAGAGUGUCGUUACGUCGACAUCAGAAGACGACGCUGUGACGGUAGGUGGCAGAGUGACAUCCGCACAAGUCAGUGCUUUAGUGUCACGCACAAGUCAGUACUUUAGUGUCACGCACAAGUCAGUACUUUAGUGUCACGCACAAGUCAGUACUUUAGUGUCACGCACAAGUCAGUACUUUAGUGUCACGCACAAGUCAGCACUUAAGUGUCACGCACAAGUUAGUACUUUAGUGUCACGCACAAGUCAGUACUUUAGUGUCACGCACAAGUCAGUACUUUAGUGUCACGCACAAGUCAGUACUUUAGUGUCACGCACAAGUCAGUACUUUAGUGUCACGCACAAGUCAGUACUUAAGUGUCACGUGUUCAAUGGGUUUGAAGAACGUGUGAUACAGUGUCGUCUUAUAUAUCUAUAAAUACACACACAUUUUGGUUCUUGUUAAAUCGCUUACUACCAGUUCUGUCCUAUGGGAGGUAGAGGUCACCCGCCAAGCUGAGUCGCUGGAGAGUCCCUCCUGUUUAAAGCUUUUGGAGACUCCCUCCCAGUUUAAAUUAUUUUGCACCCUGCAUUCAAAGCCGAUCAUUAAAAUCCUAACCAGUUGACAAGUUUGGGCCAGUUAACUCUCCGAGGCCCACCUGAAGCAGCGCGGGCUGCAGGGCUAGCGUGACUGCUCUGCCCACUAAGUAAUUUUGGGUACUCUUUAUUUGUAUAAUAAUUGGGGCCAUGAGCCUAAGUCUGACGUUGGCUCCUAAAAGGAUUCUAUUUUUUUUCUUUUUUUUUUUUACAAAAGAAAUACAAUAAUCAAUGUGCACAGAUUUUUAUGCAAGGGUAAUGCCAUUGUUACCCAUCCGCUAACACUAAAGACGUCGCCUAUUCAAAUGUCUCAUUUCCCAGGACGGCUCAACAACUUUCCACUUGCCACUUACAGUUAUAUUUGUGUGUCUUUGAUAUAGCUAGCAUGGAUAAUCUAUAAAUAUAUAGCAUUGGGGAAAAAUGUUAUUUUUUAACUUAAUUACGGUCACUAUUCGAUGUCUGUUUAAAGUAUUUAAUGGGAUUUGGUUAAUGUCCUCUACAGCAACCUGUGAUCUCACACCAAACGAGGACAACACAAAAUUCAUCAUCCCAUUGAAGACUGGCUGGCUGACCUCUUCGUGUCUGUUUGGAACUGAGUUUGACCUCGCGUCCUGCUCUUGUAGAGCAAACGAAAAUUUCGACAAAGGUCGGUCUCGGAAACUGGCGGCAGGCGUUGCAAACUAAAACAAUUUUCUGACAAAAGCUCUGUAAAAAAUCGAAACGAUUUUAACGUGAAGGCGUACAUUUUAAAGUCAAAAUUAUUGUAAAAUAAAGUUGUUUUAACUAUAAAUAUGAAAAUAAAACUUCAAAUGUCCGAAUAGGGCGAUGUCAUCAUGUUACGACUCUAAGCCUAUUGCACAUGACAUUUCGGAGCUUAUUUUACAACACUGGCAUUCUCAUCAGUAUUAAAUUUCUCCUAAAUUAUGAUAACGCACGUCAAACACAAAUGAAAUCACAAACACUGAGAUUUAAACUUUUCUUUGUUUCACUUCAAAAGCAUUUUGCACAUUUUUUAAAAAAAAAUUAAAGAUUGUACACUCUUUAUUGCGUACGGAAUUUAAAGAUUGUACACCCUUUAUUGCGUACGGAAUUUAAAGAUUGUACACCCUUUAUUUCGUACGAAAUGUAAAGAUUGUAUACCCUUUAUUUCGUACGAAAUUUAAAGAUUCUACACCCUUUAUUGCGUACGGAAUUUAAAGAUUGUACACCCUUUAUUUCGUACGAAAUGUAAAGAUUGUAUACCCUUUAUUGCGUACGGAAUUUAAAGAUUGUACACCCUUUAUUGCGUACGAAAUUUAAAGGAAAGUCAGUUUAUGUCAAAAUUUUACGGACUGACUGUCAGAAAAUUGGCAACCCUUAUUCGUGGGGUAUGAUAAAAUUAUGGUAAAAAUUGGUCUGUAUACGUUAUUAGUAAGAGGGCGAUGGUUUAGGAAGUUAAAGAGAUUUUUGUAGCGUCUUAUCAUUAUGCUUUGAAAGUAAAAUGGGUGCAACGUUUGUAGCAGCAGGUGUAGGGUUCCGCCCAGCAAAGCUUACCCAGUGAAUGCAUGUCGUACAAAAAGGGGUGGGGCGUGUCAGACUGAAGCAAACAGCGUCCUGUUAAAUCACCAAUAAAAGCUCACUUUUAUUAUAAAUACAUUUUUUUUUUUUAGAUUGCCCGUACAUGGCAUGGAUGGACGGUGCAUCUGAAGCUUACAAUACCACAAGCGACAACAAUGACACCUCGGUGGCCCCCGCGGGGCCCAUGUGUGAGAGCCGCGUUUUGAUUCAUCACGACUCCAACAGACCGCUGGCCAUUCGGUUCCGGUACCGAUACAGUGACGACGGCGACGAUGAUGAUAACGCGACUUCUUCGCCCCAGGCCCAGGUGCUUGUCCGCUCUAGAGAAUGUCAGAAAGGAGGGACAUGUUCUUUGGUAGAUGACGGUUCCAAUCUGAGCUUAGAGAUCGUCUCCGGCAAUGGAAUUUUCGUCUCGUCGUCCAUACCACUGUUGGCAAGUAUUUCAGAAAUAAUUCAUUUGUUAGCAAUGUUUGAAGUGGGGUUUUUUGGAGAUGUUUUAAUAUGGUUUUUUUUGGUUUUGUUUCUUAAUUUUUUGUUCCUUUUUUUUAAUCUUAUUGAAAUUGAAUAGUAUUUAUUCUUAAGUUAAGUAUGAAAUCCCUUCUAAGUGAGACGAAGUGACUUAAAGUAAGAUUAUGAAGGUAGAUUUUCCCCAAAAGUCCCCAACAUAUAAUCACGCUGCUAAUUUCCCAAAAAGUGCAGUUCACAGUAAGCAAUAUUUAGAUGUUAGAAGAGCAAACCAAGACACUCCAAUAAAGUAAAAUAUGGUCUGUCAUUCCAAGUGCGCAAACCCCCACUUCACUCCCCUCCCCUCCCCCAACCCAACUAUAGACCCCAAUCCGGGGCCAGAGCAUGCCGAGUUCGUAUUCUAUAUCACCUUCUUUAAUGACGACUUCGGGAAAGUCUACAAACAUAUAGUCACGCUACUAAUAUGCCUAUAUCGUUCUUGAGAAGCUUCAUUCUGAAAUCAUCGCUGUGAUUAUCUAUAUGAAAAUAGGUAUCCGGGAAAUUGAUCGACGGAAAUUUGAUCGAACGGAAAUUUGGUUGAAUAUUUUUUUUCAAGUAUACACGUUAAAAUUUUGCUUCAAAUUUCUUUUUGAACGCAUUAUUUUGUUUUACUAUAUAGUAUAGCGCGUUUGAAAAGAAAUUUGAAGUAAAUUUUAACGUGUGAACUGAAAAAAAAAAAAAAAGAUUCGACCAGAUUUCUGUUCGAUCAAAUUUCCGUCGACGAAAUUUCUUUCGAUCAAAUUUCCGGUAACCAUGUAAUUUGAUCGAACGGAAAUUUGGUUGAAUAUUUUUUUUCAAGUAUACACGUUAAAAUUUUGCUUAAAAUUUUUUUUUGAACGCAUUAUUUUUUUUUACUAUAUAGUAUAGCGCGUUUGAAAAGAAAUUUGAAGUAAAUUUUAACGUGUGAACUGAAAAAAAAAAAAAAAAGAUUCGACCAGAUUUCUGUUCGAUCAAAUUUCCGUCGACGAAAUUUCUUUCGAUCAAAUUUCCGGUAACCAUGAAAAUAUGCGCUGUUGAAGGGCUUUACGUGAACUACUUGAAGUGGUCCGAAUCUCCCACCGGGGGAUUGCGGGAAAAGGGGGGGGUGGGUUCUUAUGGCCUGGGAACCUGUAAUCAAAGAACAGUAAUGAGUGCUUAAGACACAAACAGGUUUCCGUUAUUUAAAGAUUUGUUUAAACAAUUUUUUAUUGAACAGUUACCGUUUUGUGUUCCAGGGUCUAAACCAAACUGCCUGGCGUGACGUGCGAGUCGUGUACUCCAAAGGAGAGAUCACCAUGGAGAUCACUGUUGGCCAGCUCACCUACACGUCCUAUAUUAAAGGUUGGGCUGACAUCUGACCAACGUUUGUUGUUGUUUUGUUUCAUUACUUCAUCUUUUGAAUGCGAUUGUGUUAGAGAGUCAAAGGUCCACUGCGUUAUUAAAUACGUUUUUAGGAACUUAAAAAAAAAAGGUAAAAAGGUUGAAAAAAAGCUUUCUUUUUUGUGUGUCUUUUGUUUCGUUUGUUUGUUUGAUUAUUUAUUUUUAUAUUACAAUUUUUUUUAAUAAGAUACCAUUUUUAGUUUCUUUACAAAAACAUAUUUUGGAGGAUCAUUGCGAAUCCUACUUAAUUAUGUGAAAAUAUAUUUAAAAAAAAAAGAUUUUUAUUACGGAAAAAAAAAAUCAUUACUAAGCUUUAUACUUCAUGUGUAAGAUAAAUUUGUUUCUCGAAAUAGAUCGCUUACUAAUGAAUCAUUAUUAUAGCUCCCACUGGCGUUUCUGGCCUUGUUUAUUUUAACAAGAACCAAAUCAGUACUGAUUAAUGAACUGUCAAAGUGUUUCAUGAUUCCCCAGGUGACCCUCAUAUCCAGGUCGGGGUCUGUGGCUGGGAUGUUGGAAAGGCGGGUGACUUGGAGAAUUACGGUGACUUCACAGGUGAUAUCCAACAGGUAAGUGAGUGCGUUUUAAAGUCAGUGUUCUCUAAUAGUAUUAUUCUUAAAUCAAUGUUUUCUGAUACGCAAGCAGAAAAGAUACACGCUUAAAUAUCUACCAUCAUCAAGACACACCCUCACCAGGGCUGCCACUCAAUUUUUUGUAAUUCCCAAAAUUUGGUCAAAACAUUUCCCAAGAUCAUUAAAAUAUAUAAAAGUUUCUUUUAAAGGAUCUUGAAUUUUUAAAAAAAAAAAAAAAAAAAAAAAAAAAAAAAAAAAAAAAAAAAAAAAAAAAAAAAAAAAAAAAAAAAAAAACCGGGCACUAACAGAUGUGACAAGUGAUUCAUUAAGAUAUUUUUCCUUUGCAUAAAACAAUUCUGUGUUUUCCGAUAUCUGUGUAUUCCGAUAAUGUAAUACAGAAGCGAGGGAAAAGUUUGGUUCAAUUUUUAAUGGAGCCAUCAAAGCAUCAUAUUCCGUUAUUGUAUAAGAUGUCCACCUGCACUCUAUUACCCCUUAAUUCUAGACUCUCUUUAUAGUAUCCCUACGCUUACGUUCCGACAGGCAUUCAGGCACUCUCUCUCUCUCCGCCCUCAUUCAUAACAAAUGGACAUCCCCCACAAACAACAGACUCUCAGGGAUUCUAACACCUUGACACUCACCUAAUUCCUUCAUCUGAGUUGGUGUCAAGGUCAGGAACUUUCAUUUCUCUAGCUAGUUGUUAUGCAUCUAUUAGGACCAUGGGAUAAUAAAAAUAAUGAUUGGUAUUUUUUGUAUCUAUCACAGGUUCAAAUAUCAAGAUGCUUCGAUUAUGGUAUUUAAUGCAAGUUCAUUCACCAAUGACAAGUUUCUUUUGGUUUCCCCCCAAAAAAACAAACUGGAUUGUAAGAAAAAGCUACUUUGGUGGACCGCUUUAUUUAUAUAUUAUUUUUAAAAAAAUGUUACUUUUAUCAGGUGAUUUGUUUCAUUUGUAACAAAGUGAUCCACAUGUGACACAAAUGGAAAUUUUAUAUUUUGGAUAGACCAGAGAUGAGCUGCACUAUUGCCAGUCAACGCAAGUUAUUUAAGGACCAGUGUGUGGGGAGAAAUUGCCAUUGACAGGAAGUAGAUUCUGUAAAAUCCCAACCUUUAACUUAAGCAGCUUAAAGUUGUUUUUUUUAAAUUUGGUAUUAUUGUCCAUUAAGUACAGAAUCCAUAAAACAUUUUAAAUAAAAUUAAUAAGAUUUAUUCUCAGACUUAAAAUUGUACAAACUGAGAUAUCAGGUUUUGAAUUGUGCAUUUUAUGUGAGAAUUCCAGAAAAGAAAUUGUAACUCUUCAGCUUUUGGCAAAUGUGAUCUUAAAAUGAUUAGCUACUUCUUCAAUUUAUCAAAUUUUCUUAAGUUCUAUACCAAAGUACCAGUAUUCUUCCAUCACAGAAACGCUAAAUGAUAUUUUAUCUUUACAGGAAACUCAAACAUUCAAAUGUUAUUUUUUUUUGGUUGAAAAUCUUUGACUCAACAUUGUUUUGGAAGUUCAUUUUGUACCAUGGGAUUCAUGUGUAAAAUUACAAUUCAAAGAUCCUAAUUUGAAGAUAUGAAUUUUGAGAAAGACAUGUAUAGUGCUCUGAGCUCUAAAUGGAAGACAACAUUUUUAGCUUGUUAAGCAAUUUAGUGUAAAAUUGAAAUUAAAUUUUGGUUGAAGUUUGAUGAUAUGGUUGAAUUCUUUAUUAAAUUUCCAUUUGAUAGAAAAAUUUCUUGCUUGCUGAGUCAAAUAAUAUUUUGAGUUCACCAUAGAAACUAUGAAAAUAUGCAGCCUACAACAGAUCUAUACUGUAAUAAAUGUUACACUAAGAAAAACGGCCUGAUUGACAACUUGCUCAAUAAAAUAAUCUUCAUUUCCAAUAAAAUUAUUGAAUUUUUGUUCCAUCUCUAAAUUACUGCAUACCUUUAUUUUGUGUUGAAAUACGGUACUUCAGACAAAAUAUUUAUUUAAUUUUUCCUACUACUUACCCAAAAAUUAUUUCAAGACAGACCGCAAUUUCACAUAUCUAUAAUGAUACAUUCAUGUUAUUUCAAUAAAUAUUUGAUUCCUUCAAACCUCUAUUGUUAUUGUUUUUUUAAUGUGAUUAAAAAAUUUAAACCUGAUAUAUUACUUACUGUGAUGACUGGAAAAUGAUUAUAAAUAUUAUUUCAAAGCAAAUACUAAAAUCCAAGAAAUAAAAUCUCAGGCAAUAAACUGUGUAAAACCAAAUAAGAAUUCAAAUAAUUUUUUUUCCAUGGUCAGAAAAGUUAGAUUUUGUAAAUUAAGUAGAUAGUUCAUAAUUCUUUCAAGCAUUUAGUAGUUUGUUACAGUUAUCAAUUGAUUUUUUAAAAAUCUUUUUAAUUACAGG